GCGGGUAGCCAAUCAGCUCCCGAGGCUCCAGGUGUCGCUUUGUGGUCGGGGACUGUUUUGAUGCAGUUGGCUAAAACAUGUUAGUAGACGGGACGUCGUUUUAGCUGUAAAAACAUCGACAGAAGAGUGUAUUUUGUGAAUGUUUCGUAUUUUUCCGGUUGGGACGAGCCGAAAUGGACGCCCAAAGAUCACCAUCACCAUCACCAUCACCCCAGGGAGACUUCUAGCGGUGACACCAGCUGACUCCAGUCCGCCACAUCCUGGCUCUCUUUCUUUUCUAUGACACAGCCAAUUUAUGCCCAGAUAGAUUCGGUGGAAUCGCUGUUGGACGAACUCCCAUAUAUGUUUUAUCUGGGCCUGUUCUUUGUGAACGUCCUGAUCCUCUACUAUGCAUUCCUGAUGGAGUACAUCGUGCUGAAUGUGGGGAUAGUGUUUCUGCCUGAGGACAUGGACCAGGCGCUGGUGGACCUCGGGGUGCUGUCCGACCCGGCCUCUGUCCCCUACGACACGGACACCGAGCUGGAUAUGUUUGAGGGGUACCUUGAGUGACAGACAGGCUGGUGCUGGAGGAAGAAGAAGAAGAAACAUAAGUGGUGGUGGUGAUGCAGAGGUUCAUUGCAGAUUGGACCAGUGUGAACACAUCCUGUUCAGUGAUGUGGGGAAAAGAUGCCUCAAAGCCAAUGCUGUUUCUGCCUUUUUCUCGCACAGACAUAUCAGUGAAAAAGUUGUCUCGGCUCAAAAGAAGGUAGCCCGAGGAAGAGAUUCAGCACCGCCGGCCACAUGAUCAGUGUGACUGUCCCAUGGGAAGAGGAAGAGCACUCUGCAAAGGAUCAGCUGUCGGCCAGUCUGUUGCCAUUCUAAUGGCAAUCGACUCUGGGCAGUCGCACACUAUGGGGGUUAGCACUGGCAUCUGUGUCCUUCACUUGGGACACAAUGACAGAUGAAAAGGAAGCACAAUGUGCUCUAAGUGGAAAGAGACAGCUGUUCCUCCCGUUUGGAUGUAAAGUGAAUGUUACCAGAGAUGUGGAGCAUGACUCGGGUCGUCUGCAUAGCGGCCACUUUCAGAUACGGUAGCCCGACGUGACACCGAACAAUUACCGUGCAAGAUCUGGAGGAUGAUUAAGGAAGUGAACUGAAAUUUGCCACGUCAGUCACAGUGUGAUGUCCUUCUACACAGUGUGACAUCUCACAAGAACUGGCAAAGAGCGGGAAACAUACUUAAUCACUCACAGAACCACUAGUUUUAACUAUUUGUCCCUUUUUAAGUUUUCAGAAUGCAUUGCAACUUUGCAGCCUCACGCAUCCUCUUGAGGCGUCUUUUGAGGUCAUCCAUACUGUAUGUCUGCUUCAGGGAUGUACACACUCUCAGGAGCACAGUUAGGAACUCUGGGUGCACCGGCAAAGACACCGACACUGGACACAGGCUGUGAAACUGUAGGAUACAGCUCUCUUACAACAUACCACACUUGCCACACUCAUCACUGAAAUGCGGAAAGUAUUAAAGUAUGUAGGGAGAGCCAUUUGUUUAAUACAGUGUGUGUUCUGAUGAACUAUAUCACAUUAGUAAUUACAUCACAUGCACAUGUAAUUUUCCACUUAAAAGUUAGCAGCAAUAGUUGUGACAGCUGUGAUCACAGCUGGCCACAUGUGUCAAACCGUUAUCAGUACGAGUCGUGUCAAAGGCUGAAACCUCAUUUGAAAAAGAAACUCAGAGAAGAAGUGCUUCAGAUAUUUUCAUCCUCUAUUUGUUGCCGUUUGUUUUAAUGUUACAAAUGUGUGUUAUAGACACAUAGAAAAGACUCAGCGCAUGAUAUUGGUUGUGUUUAAAAAUACUGGUUUAGUUGUCAAAAUUCUGUUUUAUUGCACUUUUUUUCUGUUCAGUUUGUUAUGAAUUUAGAGUUCAGUUAAUGAAAUGUAUAUUCUUGGCAGCAAUAAUAAACUGGAUCCAAGCAGUGAGGCAGUUCAAUACUAGUAAGCCUUGAGAGUACUGUACAUACUGUAGGUCUGUGAAGAGCACUUAUAGCCCAGCUAAGGAACUAAACAUUGAUUUUGGAGGCAAUACAGAGGAACUAGUAUUUUCUCACCGCAUACAGUACCCCGUCUAUAAGCAUAUUGUGCAUAAUAAUAGCAAUGUGGUUGUUGUCCACCAAAUAACUGAAGUCAUAGAGACAAAAAACAUUUUGAAAUAUUUGCAUAUGCACGUAUCAUACUCUAAACAAGCUUUAGUCCAGAGUUUCAUUGCCUGACUGUCAGUGUUUUGAACAUUACAUUCUGCUAGACAACCUUUCACCAACACUUUGUCUACUCAGCUUAAAUGGCACACUAAACAGGACCAGAUAUUUGUCCACAGCCACAUUUGUGUAAUGGACAGAAAAAAAGCAGUGCUGGAACUCAAAAACAGGGAUGUUAAAAAAAAAAAAGUUGUGUCAAAAACGAUGACAGCGCAGUUUAAUAUGAACAGACCAUGAGAUGUACCACUUCAAAACUGAUUUGGUAUGCAAUGCAAGACUUUUUCAGAGUUCAUACGGUUCAACCAGUAUUGAUUAAUGGCUGAUAACCAAAUUAUUUCUUCUUUUUGGAUUUAGGUUGCCUGAAAGCAAUAUUUUGUGGUGACCUUUAUAAUCUGUUUUUGGCGGGAUAAAAAAAUCAUCUGAAACAGCAUUUAGAUCACAUGACACUAAAGCUCAGGAUACUCAUAUAUAUAUAAUAAUCAUUAAAUAUUGUGAAACACGUUUGUAUGGAAUUUGAUCAAAAAAAAUCAUAGGAUCAAAAACCAGCAAAGGGCUUACUGUAGUUGAACGGUGAAUGGUGUGUAAUAAACCUGCCAUGCUGGAGGUUGAGGGCAGCUGACGUCAGUACAAUGAGUUGAGUAAAUCAAACAUUAAAGUGGCUCCCCAUAUUCUAAAAAAAUCAAUUGUGAGUGAAGCUGUUAGAUGGGGAGGACCCUAGUUUUGUCUGAAAACUGUUUAUAAAUCCCUGGUGUUAUAGUUGCAGGUAUCAGACUUUUUUGUGCCAUUUCCCAGACAUGAUACCACACUGUGCUGGUACGGUUAGUGGAAACCCACGAGACUUCCCAUGAGGACUGUGACGGAUCAUCAACAUACAGCCGUCACCCAGUGCUUGUGUCAUCCCUCCACAUCUGCUUCUUUGCAGGCAGACAUGCACACAUGCUAUGAUAAGCUAUGGAUCGUAACAGAGUUUUAUUUUCCAAUGUGUAUUUAAUAAACUUUGAGAGAAUGCCA